CAUUAGAGAUUUUAUUCCACUGAAUUGUAAGACAUUGUAUUUACACAACUUCAAAGUUGCUCUCAGGCCGUUUCCUUCACCACUUUAUGGAGGUUUUGUAACUUUGCACAAACUGAAGCCUCUGAUCUGUCAUCAUUUCUCUGAAUCCAAGUGAACGCAACACUAUCGAAAGUGGUCCUUGUGUGACCCUCUGAAAACUCGAAGAACCUCAGUUGUGGAAGCGAAGUGCUGCCAAUUGGAUCGAAGCACCAUUUCGGAUUUCUUGGAGUAGCUUUCCCCUUUAAGCUUCCAGUCCUGCUGAAACAUAGCCCAUUGUCUUAAGUCCACCCAUCUGUGGGGGUGGCUCUGCGAAAGUUUGCAGGAAACUUUUUAAGCUGUCACUGGCUGUUUGUAGGAGACUGAUGGAGGACAGAAGGGACAGCUACUCGCAAGCAAACAUUAACACCGACAUACAAACAAGUCAAAAAAGACUGAGAAUGCAACAAAAACAGCCCAUGGAGGUAGACGAUGUUUAGGCCUAAAUUGGACAAGUUUGUUGGGACUGUCACAGUUUAAGUGCAUGGUCGCAACAAAGCGAAAAGUGCAUCCAGCCCAGAUGGAAAUGAUUUGAAUUGAAAAGCAACGCGGUGUUAGAAAGGCAUUCAAUGUUUCUAAAAUAUAGGCUACCUUCUUGAUAAAAUGACCCGUUUGCACUGCGGGUUUCACGCCUUUGGACAAGGAGUCUCUUCCAUUCACCUCUUCAUUUCUCUUCUGACGGUCCUGGAAAACUGCAAAACAUUGGGAUUAUCACAUGAACCAGAGAGAUCUCUGCAGGAUCUGCCUCAGUAUGAAGUGGUUCACCCCACUAGAGUGGAUGCCAGAGGUCACUUCCUGUCCAACUUCCUGUCUCACCAUGCUCGCCGUGUACAGCGGCGGGAAGCCUCAGAGGGAUCAGCGGACGUAGAUCGAGUCUUCUACCAGUUGUGGCACGGCGGUCACAGUUUGCACUUUAACCUCACCCUCAACCCACAUCUGCUGGCUCCGGGCUUCCUGACGGAGAGGAGGUAUGGUGGCCUGGAUGGGGCACAGAUCCAUCCUCCUGGAUCCUCCCGGUGCUAUUUCUUAGGUGAAGUGUGGGACGAGACCAUUGGUAAAGGAAGCGCAGCCAUAAGUACCUGUGAUGGACUGACAGGACUGUUCAAGUUGUCUGAUGAAGAGUUUUUUAUUCAGCCUCUGGAGAAGUCGAGCAGUGAGACCUCAGCACCACAAGCCCAUGCCAUCUACAAACGCCAUGCACCCCCUCCCUCCUGGAGUCCAGUCGUACAGCCCAAACAAGCUCUCAACAGUACCUGUGGAGUCAAAAAUUCCCAUCAAAGUAUUGAAGACAUUGAGAAACAGCGGGAUCGGUGGGAACGCCGCCAGCAAAGAAGGAGAAGAAUUCGUCAACGCUCAGUCAGCAAAGAGAAGUGGGUGGAAACCCUGGUCGUGGCUGACACUAAAAUGGUGGAGCAUCAUGGGAGCAAAGCUGUGGAAAGCUACGUCCUCGCUGUCAUGAACAUUGUGGCGGGUCUGUUCCGAGAUGCCAGUAUUGGAAACGCAAUAAACAUUGUAGUUGUUCGACUCAUCCUACUGGAGCGAGAUGAGGAUGACUUAAAGAUUACACACCAUGCUGACAACAGCUUGAACAGCUUCUGUAAGUGGCAGAAGAAACUCAAUAUGAAAGGAGAGGAAGACCCGCUGCACCAUGAUGUAGCAGUUCUGCUCACCAGGAAGGACAUCUGUGCAGCCAUCAACAUGCCGUGCGAGACGCUGGGUCUGUCCCAUGUGGCGGGGAUGUGCCAGCCGCAUCGCAGUUGCAGCAUCAGUGAGGACACGGGCCUCCCAUUGGCCUUCACUGUAGCUCACGAGCUGGGACACAACUUUGGGAUUCAACAUGAUGGCAACGGUAAUGACUGUGAACCCAUUGGGAAACGACCUUUCGUCAUGUCUCCACAGCUCCUGUACGGCACCUCCCUGCCCAGGUGGUCACGCUGCAGUCGCCAAUAUAUCACCCGCUUCUUAGAUCGCGGCUGGGGCUGGUGCCUUGACAAUGCCCCGGUGAAGGAUAAGCUGUCCCUGACGUCGGUGCUUCCUGGGGUUCUGUACAGCGCUGCCCAUCAGUGUCGGAUGCAGUAUGGAUCUGGGUCCCUCCUCUGUGAUGACAUGGAUAAUGUGUGCAGCACUCUAUGGUGCACUGUGGGAACAACCUGCCACUCAAAGCUGGAUGGGGCUGUGGAUGGGACCAGUUGUGGGGAGGACAAGUGGUGUCUCAGUGGAGAGUGUGUGGCAGCUGGAUACCAGCCAGAGAGUGUAAAUGGUGGCUGGGCAUCGUGGAGCGAGUGGUCAGGCUGUUCGAGGACGUGUGGGGCUGGAGUCCAGAGCGCCCAAAGAGACUGUGAUAACCCAGUUCCUAAGCACAGAGGGAAGUACUGUUUGGGAGAGAGACGGAGGUACAAGAUCUGCAACACCACACCGUGUCUUCAUGACCUGCCCACAUUCAGAGAUACCCAGUGUAGUCAAUUCAACAACAAACCAUACAAGGGAAAGUUCUACAAGUGGGAAGCAGUCGUCAACAGAGUCAGCCCUUGUGAACUGCACUGCCGUCCACUGAAUGAACAUUUUUCUGAUAAGAUGCAGGACGCCGUCACUGAUGGGACACCAUGCUACGAAGGCAACAAAAGCAGAGAUAUGUGUGUCAAUGGCAUUUGUAAGAAUUUAGGCUGUGACUAUGUGAUCGACUCCACUGCUGUAGAGGAUCGCUGUGGGGUUUGUCAUGGUAACGGCUCCACCUGUACAACUGUGAGGAGAACCUUUGAGGAGACUGAAGGACUUGGCUAUGUAGACAUUGGACUGAUCCCAGAGAGAGCCUGGAACAUCCGUAUUGAGGAAAUGGCGGAAGCUGGGAAUUUCUUGGCGCUGCGAAGUGACAACCCCAACAAGUAUUUUCUGAAUGGUGGCUGGACGAUCCAGUGGAAUGGAGAGUACAAGGCAGCCGGGACAGUAUUCACCUACGAGAGGACAGGACACCUGGAGAACCUGACGUCUCCUGGGCCCACCAUGGAACCACUGUGGAUUCAGCUUCUCUUUCAGGAGACCAAUCCAGGAGUGCGGUACGAGUACACAAUUAGUCGAAAUGUCUCAGAGGACAGCGACAUGCCUGUGUCAGUUUUCAUCUGGAAAUAUGGUUCAUGGACUGAAUGCAGUGUUACCUGUGGGACAGGUGUUCAAAGGCAGAUUGUUCACUGUGUGGAAAAGACAACUGGGAUAGUGGAGGAGCACUUCUGUGACCCUUUAACCCGGCCUGACGAUAACCAAACCAGCUGUCACAAGGAUCCCUGUCCAGCUAUAUGGUGGUUCGGGGAGUGGCAGAAAUGCUCAGCAAGCUGUGGGAGCUUGGGUCUGACUAAAAGGUCAGUGCUCUGCAUCCAGGCAAUAAGUGCUGAGGAGCAGAAAGCCCUGCAGCCCAGUGAAUGUGAACACAUGCCCAAACCUGAGUCACUAUCCUCCUGCAAUGCACACAUCCCCUGCCCAUCAGACUGGACCACAGGCAGCUGGUCAAAGUGUUCGCUGACUUGUGGAAGCGGAGUACGUCACCGUAAUGUAACCUGCUCCAGAAACACAGGCAGUGACUGUGAGCCACAGAAGAAGCCCCUUGCUGUCACUACCUGCUACAUCCAGGACUGUCCGCAAGUGGUGGAUAAUUUUGGGGGUGUUGACUGGUCUGGAAGUGGCUGGUCGAGCAAAGAAGUGCUCAAUGAAAUUAACUCCAUACCUGAAGUCAAACCUCCUCCCAAAUACAGCACCACCAGAGCCCAGCCAAAAAGUAAUAAUAAUAAUAACCGUAACAACAUUGUCGAGGGAGAUUUUCACUACCACAAUAACAUCGAAAAUAUCGAUCAGUCUUCGGAAAACAGUGUUCAAGUUGAUGAUUUUUACUACGACUAUAAUUUUAUCAACUUCCAUGAAGACUUGUCGGAUGACUUUGAGAGUGAUGGAAAAGAUUCAGGGGACAGUCGCGUAUCCAAUGCUUCACAGGAGGCCAAGCCAACCGGCAGUGUGAAAGAAAAUGCUGACAUGGAAACUACCAGAGCUCCUUCAGCUACUUUAAUCAUUUCUACAAUCUCAAAGGCCACUGCCUACACUUUAAAAACGGAAGAGCAACAGAAUACAAAUCUGGACAAAAUAAAGAACAGUGGAAAUGCUGCAACGAAGGAGUCCACACAAAUGAAUUCUGAAAACUUUGAUGACUUCCUUUCUGAGGAUUUUCUUCUGCCUGUGUCUACCACUCGCUCACCACCAUUGUCUACAACUCAGCAUUCACAAACACUUAAAGAGGCACACGAUGAGGAUGUGUGGGGGCCUGAAACCACGCCGGAAACUAUAACUCAGGUUAAGACUGAAGUCCAACUGGACAAAAGUGCUUCAGUAAUAUCUCAAACAACCAGUCAAUCAACAAUAUUUCCAACUCAUUUUUAUACAGUAUAUGCAACUAGCAAUUCAUGGGAUACAGACCAUGACCUUAGUACAACCUCACUUCCUGCCUCUGAGACACCCACUCCAUUCCCCAUUCCCUUUCUGCUAAUCUCAGGUAACCAAGAGGCCUCAGAUGACUCCACAUCAUUACCUGGAACAGAAAACAUACCUCCUACAAACCUUGAGGGAGACGCUCAGCCUUCUUCAGCUGAUUCCCUGCCAGCCACAGUGAAACAGAUACCGACAAAACCCGCCUUCACUGAAAAAACUGGAACAGAUUCCACAUCCCGGGUCCCAUCAUCUGAUUCAGUUGAUUUUGACUACAAUGAAAUAGUUGUUCCCCCGAUGGUGAGAAGCAGCAGUAACACUGAUCCUGGCUCUUCAUACCAGCUUCCAACAAACUCAACAACCACUCAACAUCGCACAACACCAGUUCAGCACAUGGAAGCGGCAACACCUGUUGUGCCCAUUUUGCCGACACAUCCUAUUCUUUGGCCACUUCCAGUGCCGACAUCUACCCCAACUUCAGCCUCCACACAAGAAAAUACCGCUACCCACUGGGUCACUGGCAACUGGAGCGCUUGCUCCACCAGCUGUGGUCUGGGUGCCAUCUGGAGGACUUUGGCCUGCAGUACUGGCUCUGAUUCAGACUGCGAUCCGGCCAAGAGGCCUGCGCCAGCUCAGCGAUGUUAUCUGCGCCCCUGCUCCACAUGGAAAGUUGAGGAAUGGAGUAAGUGCUCCAAGAAUUGUGAAGGCGGAAUUAAAUUACGAGAGGUCCAGUGUUUUGACUUGCGGGAUAAAAGGCCCCUGCGACCUUUCCACUGCCGCGCCAUGUUCUCCAGGCCACAAACCCAAAUGACCUGUAACCUUCAGCCAUGUCUCGAGUGGUACACCUCCUCCUGGGGACAGUGCUCUGAGGUGUGUGGGGGAGGGGAGCAGCAGCGUAUUGUCACCUGUCCAGAGGAGGAUCGAUGCGAUGGGGAUCUUCAGCCCAGCACCAUCCAAUCAUGCAAUAGCCAGCCUUGUGCUCAGUGGCUUACUGGAUCAUGGGGAGAGUGCUCGGCUUCUUGCGGUGGCGGCGUGCAGCAUCGACUCAUCAAAUGUGUGAACACAAAGUCUGACACACACAAAGAAGUGAAUCAAGCUCAAUGUGACCAUGUGCUGCACCCUGAAAGCACCCAGAAAUGUAACUUACAGGAAUGUGAGAACGCCCCCUCUGGAGCUGUUUGCCUUCGCGAUCGGGUAACAUUUCGUUUCUGUCAGACUCUCCGCUGGCUCGGCCGCUGCCACUUGCCUAACGUACGAGCGCAGUGCUGCAAAACCUGCAGCCAGCGUUCCCGCUCCAGCAGCACGUCUCGCCGCUGAGCAGCAACAAAGUAACCACUCAUCAACGGGAACACUGGUGAAAUAUAAAUCAUCAUUUACAGUCAAUAAUCUGAGCCCUUUCCUGAGUUCUUCAUCACUACAGACUAAUUAUGAAUGAAUUAGUCCAAAACUCCAAAACUCUGCAUGUUUAUGCUGGUGACAUUAUUAUACAGGUCUAAAAUUAAUUGGAAAUAUAACAAAGCAUUGCCUCUUUCAUAGCAAAUCAAUGAGAAUGUAAAUAUUUGUUUGCACAUUUUAUAUUAUACAGUUUGACCAGAAUGACAAUUUAUGAAUCACGAUUUCUUUUUAACAGAUGUUGGCCUACAUUAGGGCUCUGCUACCAAUGUAGCCAGCUUAAUAGUGCAUCAUUACACAUGUAGAUAAACCACUCAUUAACCUUUAUGUUUUGGUACAAUGCUUUCAUUUUAUUGACAGCAGCAGAAACUAACUGUUAAAUUAAAACAGACAGGUAUACAAUUCACAAUGUGGUUUUUACGUAUAAUGUGGUACAAAUGUUAUGGUGCAAAAAGUGGUUCAUAAAUGCUUCAUGUGACAUUUAAAAAUAAUGACUGUUUGCUAAGCCCCACCCCCCUAAGUAACCCACCUUAGUUACUGUUGCUACACCUGUCGAGCUUUUCAAUCUCGCAGAUUUACCAUUCAGCCCAGUCAUUUUUGAAACUAUGGGUCCUUGAUUUCAGACAGAAGUAAACAAAAGCAGCCUCUCAUUUCUAGUACAGUGGCCGUUGGUUUUGCCAACUGUUGCUGGCAAAUUUUAGCAGCUGUAGCUAGCCAACUAAGCUAAUGUUAGCUCGACGAGCUGUUUAAAAACAUGUUUCAAGCCGACUCGUUUUAAAAUGAGAACCC